AUGUGCAAUGGAAAUCAUUUAGAUGUAAUGAAUGACUGGGAAAUUGGUGGAACACAAAAUAGAUGGGUUUGCCCAAGCGAUAGACAUCUUCAGUUGCGAGCUCAGCAAUUAAGAUUAAAAAGUGGCUGGAGCGUUAGAACGGCAAUAGUACGAUCGCCAACGAGUGUGAAACAACAGAAUGGCAACAUAUCGGAAGCAGAACAGGAACACAUACGGGCAGUUCUGGCUAAAGCCGAAGCAGGCAAAAUUCGGGAACAAUUUCGAAUUGGGUUGGCUCCAUUUUAUUGUUUUUUUAGUUGUGAUUUUAUUAUUUUUAAUUCAAAUUGGUUCAACUCCUGA